AUGGAUUUAUUAAACGUCGAUUCUCCAAGAAUUCAAAAUUUUAUCAACGGGAAAUAUGUGGAUCCUGUCGAAACUGCAUCCAUCAAGUACACUGCAGUCACAACACCCCACACGGGUAAAGUAAUUGCACAAUGUCCGAUUUCUACUUCGAAAGACGUAGAAGAAGCUGACCGUGUACAGUUUUUGAUCCGCUUUCACCAUUUAUUGAACGCACACAUUGACGAAUUGGCUGAACUAAUUAUAUUGGAGCAUGGAAAGAAUAAGGCCGAAGCUAUUGCUAGUAUUGCUAAGGGUGCUGAGACUGUGGAAUACGCCAUGUCUCUUCCGCAAUUGAUUCAAGGAAAAUUGUUAGACGUUUCCAGAGGUGUUACAUGUCACGACACACGAGUUCCGUUGGGUGUAGUGGCAUCUAUUGUACCAUUUAAUUUUCCAAUAAUGGUUCCCAUGUGGACUUUGCCAAUUGCAAUCGCUACGGGGAACACCUUAAUAUUGAAACCUUCAGAAAAGGUUCCACUCACGAUGACUCGCGUUGUCGGUCUGUUGAAAGAAGCUGGAAUACCUGAUGGUGUCGUUAAUAUCAUACAUGGAACCGAGAAUGCUGUCAAUGCUAUUGCUGAUCACCCGGAUGUCAAGGCAGUAACCUUUGUGGGUACUUCUCACGUGGCAAAUCUCAUUACAGAAAGAUGCCAUAAAUUGGGGAAAAGAGUCCUGGCACUAGGUGGAGCAAAGAAUCAUUUGGUUGCCGCGCCGGAUUGUAAUAUUGAAACAACCUCAACUGAUGUUGUAAACUCUUUCACCGGCUGUGCAGGUCAACGUUGCAUGGCUGCCUCAGUAUUAUUAAUUAUUGGUUCGCAUGAGGAACUUCUCAAUCGUAUCGUCAGUAAAGCUUCGUCUUUACAACCUGGCUCAAAACCUGGAGAAAUUGGUCCGGUGAUCGAUCAACAAUCGUUAAAUAAAAUACUUGGUUAUAUUGAUGUAUCCGAAAAAGCUGGCGCAAAAAUAUUAGUAGAUGGUCGCUCAUGGACUCAAAGCCGAAUUGAAGGUUUCUGGAUUGGACCAACCGUAAUAUUGCAUAACAAUAAAGAAGACAAGGCUUUACAUGAUGAAAUAUUUGGUCCCGUACUGAGCAUUUAUCAAUGUUCAAGCAAAGAGGAGGCAAUUGAGAUCGAAAAUAAUAAUCCAUACGGUAAUGCUGCGUGUAUAUAUACCACAACUGGUGCAACGGCUGAAUGGUUUAUUGCGCGAUUCAGCGCGGGAAUGUGUGGUGUGAAUAUUGGUGUACCGGUGCCAAGGGAGCCAUUUUCUUUUGGAGGAAUAAAUCGCUCCAAGUUUGGUAACUUUGUUGAUAUCACCGGCGAUGGUGGGGUAGAAUUCUUCACUUGGAGACGAAAAGUUACGACCAGAUGGGGUCAAGAGAACCUUGAUCCAAAACUGAGAAUGUAA